UUUGAAGUCUCAGUGACACCAUCAUCAUGCACCCAGAAGUCAAGAAGAUCCGGUCAAUCCUUGAGGAUGUUUCUUUCACUAGUGGAAGCUUCAAGAUCAAAAGGGAACGAUGCCUGCUUUACUACAGGCGUAGCUCUGAGGAUUCCGUUGCACGAGUCAUAAACCUAGCUCAUCCAACGGGUACAGAGCUACAUUCGUUAGCGGAGGCUUGUAUACCGGCCCCUUUCGGUCGAAAUUCUGAGGAGGUGCUCGAUGAUAAUUACCGCAAGGCUCUCAAGCUGGAUACUUUUCUUUUUGCCACUACACUAGAUCUCCAUAUGACCGAGAUUCUUGACCAAAUUCGUGUAGACCUCGUGGAGGGACAUUUAUCUACAGAGAAUCGUAUCCGACCCGAGCUUUACAAACUGAAUAUCUAUGGUGAAGGAUCUUUCUUUAAGCCCCACAAGGAUACCCCUCGCUCUGAAAAUAUGUUCGGCUCUCUCGUCAUUGUCUUUCCUACUAGUCAUCAAGGAGGCGGGCUUGCCCUCCGCAGCCACGGGAAAGAGUGGAUCUUCGAUGUUAGCAGUCUCCUUGCCAAUAGCACCGCCGAAGUCCCGAGGAUCGCCUAUGCAGCGUUCUACAGCGACGUUGAGCAUGAGGUCCUCCCCGUCACCUCGGGUUCUCGUGUCACCCUGACUUACAAUUUGUACCGAGAACACGACACACACACACAGGGGACAUUCAUUGAUACCGGAAACCACAUUACUACCUCUGAACUCAAACAGUCCAUUGCGAAACUCAUCGCCGAUCCAUCGUUCUUACCCAGAGGCGGAAAGCUUGGCUUUGGUUUGCGUCACCAGUAUCCUUUGAAAGCGAACGGCGGGAAAUUUGAAGUUGCAGAUGUUCUUGAUCUUCUGAAAGGAAGCGACGCAUCCCUUUACGGUGCCUGCGACAGCCUGUCUCUGCCUGUGGACGUCCGGAUUUCCUACAUGCCAAAAGGCGACGAGAAGCGAAGAUACCUUACCGAUAGCGAAUUCUAUCACUUUACUCUCUAUGAUGAGUCCCUCAGCCUUUGGAUGAGGCAAGAAGGUGUUGAAUCCGUCAAGGAGCAAGAGGAUUGGCACGAUAGCCGCAUCCACAAUUCGACUCGUAUCUUUUGGGUUACACCCAGAACAGAAUUGAGUCGAGUAACCACUCCUUUUGCGUACUAUGGAAAUGAGCCUGAUCUUGGUUUUCUUUACGGAGACAUUUGUCUUGUCGUUGAUCUUAUUCGAGAGGGUAGCAGUGGCGAAGAAUCUGAGGAGGAGGAAGUUGCGGAGAGUAGUAGUGAAUCUGAGGGCCUCUAUUAGGUUGCUUCUUUCUACAACCGUAUCGUGUCGUUAAACAUAAAUUGUACCCCCCCAAGUACUCAAGUUUACUCAAGAUGUAAUUGUGUACAGUAUAACCUUCCAUCAUCAAUUCUUCUCUACCAGUGAGCAUUGUAUUUACU